GGCGCGUCUUUUGACGCACACGAAGGAAAAAUGGCGUCGUCCAUGGGCGGAAUGUUUCCCGGUCAGCAGCCUCCUGGACCUCAUGCACCUACAGCUCCCGGCGGUCCUGGUCAGCCAGGGCUUCUCACAGGUCCUCCCGUUAAUAGAGCGACAAAUAACACUCUAGUAGAUGAACUGGAAGCUUCUUUCGAGGCGUGUUUUGCAUCUCUUGUCAGUCAAGAUUAUGUGAACGGAACAGACCAGGAAGAAAUAAGGACUGGGGUUGAUCAGUGUAUACAGAAGUUUCUGGAUGUAGCCAGACAAACCGAAUGUUUCUUCCUUCAGAAAAGACUGCAGCUGUCUGUACAGAAACCAGAACAGGUGGAAAAAGAGGAUGCAUCAGAACUGAAGAAUGAACUCCAAAGGAAGGAGAUGUUGAUUCAGAAACAUCUUACCAAGAUCCAUCACUGGCAGCAGGUGUUGGAGGACAUCAACGUCCAGCACAAGAAGCCCACAGAACUGCCACAGGGUCCACUGGCCUUCCUGGAACAGGCCUCAGCCAGCCUCCCUGCUCCCGUGAAACCAAACUGAACACUAUUCAGCCCCUCUCUCUCUCUCUCUCAGCCCAGCAAACUGUACAAUAAGCUUUUAUUGUGGACUCUGUCAGUGAUGAUUUUGUAAUGUACAUCCACGAUGUGCUUCAAGAGGUGCUAAAGGACGUUAGUUCCACUUAUCUCUCGAGGAGCUUGCCAGAAGGAGGUCAUUUUGAAGAACUUGAGGGUCUUUGACAAUUAGUCGUAAGCAUACUUAAAACUCAGUUUGUUAGGAAGGAAACGUGAUGACACAUUAAUCACAUUUUUAACAUUUCGAAUAGAGAUGUUCAUAGAACUACAGUGACCAGAAAGGGCUUCAGUUUGAGACAAUUAAGUGGAAUAAAAAACACAUUAUGCAUAUUUUAUUAAAACACGUUUUGUUAAACAUUA